CUUUUCGUUCCUUAAUGGAGUCGUCUUUUUUUCGUCGCAGUUAGGGAAGAAAUACCUUGGGAAUCCAAUAAUCCUUCAUUCUAUAAAAGUAAUCUCCACAACUAGACCGUGAAAUUCUACCAAACUUCUGUUUAACCAGUAAUUUGGAAACCACUUUCGGAUAGUUUUACGCGAGUUUUACCAGCGUGGUUCGGGCUAGUGAAAAUAGUUCGUAGGACGAACGGUGUCCAGGAAUUAUACGGGUUCAUCGAUUAGUGGACGCAGGUAGUUAACAUAGUUACGCGUUGUUGGAGCAUUGAACCAACUAUUCGGGAAUGUAUCUUUUCAGAGGCAACAGCAAGUUUCCAUAACUGCAUCCCUUCUCCCGGUGACACGCCAUAUUUGCGCUUGCUCAUCCGGGUGCUUGGCCAAACAAUAAAUAUGCGUGACUUAAGCUCACUUUGCAUGUUGCACGGAGCGGGUUGCGUGGACCCGGGAACGAGGCUGCACACGUGCAUCGGAGGCUGAAUCCGUGCGUCUCCCCGUAGCCUGAUAAUCGAGCCAGGGUUAUGCAUGCGGAUUACGUAGCUUCCAGUCGCGUAUCAAACGCGUGCCAAACUCGUUAUUUCGAAAUUGUGAAUCUUCCACAUUAUAAAGGACGAAUUAUUCAUUGUUCGAUAUUCUAUGCGGCUCGUGUGUCCCGAACGUGUUCUUAAAAAUCUUCCCCCACUCAGCAUGUUACAUCGAGUACGUAGAAAGAAGGACAAACGUUCUUGCGCAAAUAUUUACCACAGAAACGAUCGAUCUUCCUAUUAUAGGUUGAUAGAUUGUGUUUCAGGGGUCAGAUCUUUAGCUUUUAUCUAAGCAAACUGAAAUACCACGCGUUACAAUGUACGGUUAUGAUUUUCCUUAUAUUUCGGCCGUACGACCGUCUCGUUAGAGGUUGCAUUAGUUCUAUGAACUUUCGUCGAAACUCUAUACGUAUAGCCAAGGGACAGUCACGCGAGACACAGAAAACUUCAUGGUUGAGGGCAAAAACGAAAAGAAAUGGCAGCAGGGACACCUAUCGAUUCAACAAACCAAGGAAACCAGGCGCGUGGAUCCGCCGCUAGUAUCGUCCAGUCGAUGAGAAGUUGAGCCUCGUGUGGACCAGUUCAGGACAAGUCAAACCCUGCUCUCGAUAUGUCCGACGCUGAGGAAACUGGUACGUACUAUGCUCGAUCCGUCUUCGAGAAUUGUUCGUAACAAGCUAGAAACCGUUCCGUGACUGAAACGCGAGCACGUAACACGUGCCACAUCGUCUAUCUGCGUGAUCGCACCUCUACACGAGAGAGAAACGUUUUGUCUAUGAACGUGUGCUUCUAUAUUUCGACGUCGUUUCCCGAUAGAUCUUUUGUGAUCCGUCAAGCCGACCGAAUCACCGACUCAAGGAGCAGUCACGCGAGGAUCAACGCUAGCUCGAUGCUUAUUGCCCUCUGACAUUUGGCAGGUGUUCCUCUUUGGAGACCAGUUCGCCUCGUGAUAUAACAUGUAGAUCGCAAAAUUCACCGCAGAGGAACACUUUCUCGGUCGGUUUUUUUAUGUGCGAGGGGUGGCUUUCCCUUUGUGACUCCAAGCUGCCAUAUCCUUCCCUGUUCCAAGCUAUUAUUACCGCUCUGGUCGCCUUUUUCUCUUUCUCUCUUGACCUAACUUCCGUUUUCCGCGUCACGGAAUAACGAAUAAAGUAGAAGGAAGCCUCUUAUAGUUGGAUUUCUCUAAUUUCGUUCGAUCUAGAUCGCGAUCCAGGGAAACCGUGUCGAGGAGAAAAAAUAUAACGACCGAGGCCGCUUUUUCCUUUUUUUUUUUUUUUCCCUCGUAGCCGGAACUGUUGAAGAUUUAGUAUGAGUUCAGCGGUGCGUAUCACAGUGUAUCCUCUCCCUCUCUAUCCUCCAGCCACCCUUGCCGUCCCCUUGAUUGUUCCGUGCUUUUCUGUCCAGCCUCUUUGUCCCACUUUUAAUUGCUCUUCCCAACCGUCAGCUCCAGAGUGUCCUCAGACCUUUUUUCCCUCCAAUUUCCCAGGAAUUUUCUCUUUUUUUCCCUCUUGCUUCCACAGCCGUAAUCGAGGCGAGACAACACACCGCAGACAUUUGCCUGGGCAAAUUGUAGAACGUUUCUCGGAGGUGGAAGCUUGUCCCGUCGUGGAUAAAGUGUUGCCACUAAUGCCAAGCUAUCAACCUUUGUCGUUGUCCAGCCUUUCAAGAAGAAAAAUACCUAACACUAAAUUUAAAUGGUCGUAAAUCGAGAAAGCUCUACGGGACGAGACUUCGUACGAUUUUCCAUGCUUCUAUCAAAUCUAAUCGAACGAGAAACGAGUCACUGUCGGUCACUAGCAUUGACUGGCUAAGUUCACGUGACUCGUGGUAUAAUGGUCAGGUUUUGCGUCAAUAGAUGAAUAAUUGAUAAGAGAAUUGUGCAAUCUCAACGGGAAACCACUAUAGACUAACCGACUGAGUUUAAUUUCCCUUUUUCUUCGUGCUUUCGUUCCUUCCAGGCUAUAGACGCGUAGGUUUUAGCUGGUAGAUGUGUCAUUUACGGGCAUCGUACGAACCGCAUGGAAAUAGAUAUCGAACAAGCCUGAUUUAGAAAUCCGCACGCGACACGUUAUGUACCCAUCGGGCAAAGAACAAUGUAUGACAGAACGGAGCAGCUGGACUUGAGACACCACGACGUGGUUUGUCGAAGACGUGACGUGGACGUUCCUGUCUCUGUUCCUUACUUCUUCGAGCACGCGCCACGUGGAUCUCGCCGGCUCUAAUAUAAUCUCUUCGCUUCUUCGAAUCGUUAAUACGCGAGAAAGAAUAAAUCCAGAACGUUGUAACGCGCUAGAUACGUGGAAAACUAUCAGAUAGAUUGAAAGAAUGGAAGUAAAGAAGCCGUUUAAAUCCGUGGAGGAUGGUCUUAAAAAUUUCAUAUUAGAUCAGACUUAAACACAAUCCCUGACAGAUACAGACGAUACAAAGAUGACUUUAAUCUGUGCUGCUAUUCCAAUUUUUAUAUAUAAAUAUCAUAAAAUGUGAAAAAUAUUUCGUGUGUAUCUCGUACAUGAUUCACGACCUCCGCACGGUUGAAAACUAAAGUUCAUCGCUCAAUUUCAAACUCCGGCGUUUCGUGACCAGGAGCAACAGCUCUCUCACUCGCCACCUUCGUUCGUUCCCACGAGCGCGAGAUUACGAAAGGAUACGAAGAUCGGAUUUAGAAAUAGAUAUCAACGAACCGAAUUUACCGAGCACCAAAAGUAAAUUACCGAUGUAGCCUCUUUUCUUCGUCUAGAUUUCGAUCAACUAGCUUCUCGUGACCGCAAACGACUUUGUCCGUUUCGUUAAAGCCUGCUCUGUCGAUCCUGUGGGAUCUUUGACGCGUGGCAGCCACGCGAAUUCCCGCCAAUCUUGCUCGAUUGAACCGCGCGAAAUCACGAACCUAGGCCACACGAGAGAUUCCUCGCACGAGAACCAACACGAGAAUUAACCGUAACGUGCUGAUCCAACGGCACGAUCAGUGUUACAGCCUUUAUCCACGUAGGUGGUAACACCCACCAUAAAAGGUAGUUUAGACCCAGAGGAAAGUCAGUCUGUUGCCACGUCUUCUGCUUAGUGGAUCAGUGCGUUUCCUCUUUCGGAAUGGCUCAUGGGGAGGGUCGAGAUCCGUUGGAACAUACCAGCCUCUAUCAAAGAGCUGAGAGCGAGGACAGCGAUACAGAAGGAGGUAUGGGAAACGUGAACAAAAUGAUAAUGCGACCACCGGGACACAGUGGAAAGGCGAAGAAAGGACACAUUUGUUUCGAUGCCUCGUUCGAGACCGGUAACUUGGGCAGGGUGGACCUUAUCUCAGAAUUCGAGUACGAUCUGUUCAUCAGGCCUGAUAUCUGCAAUCCGCGACUUCGCCUGUGGUUCAACUUCACCGUGGACAACGUGAAAGCGGAUCAACGAGUGGUCUUUAACAUAGUUAACAUAUCGAAGAGCGCAAAUCUGUUUCGAAACGGAAUGACGCCGUUGGUGAAGAGCAGCAGUAAACCAAAGUGGCAAAGGAUUCCCAGAGAUCAAGUAUUUUACUACAAAUCGGCGCAGCACCAAAACCACUACGUCCUCAGUUUCGCCUUUUCUUUCGACCGUGAAGAAGAUGUGUAUCAAUUUUCUUUGACCUAUCCAUACUCGUACAGUCGCUACCUGGCACAUUUGGAUAAUCUUUGCACCAGAUUAACGUGUACGAAGAGGGAAACCUUAGCCACGUCGAUACAAAAGAGGAAAAUCGAAUUGGUCACGAUAACUUCAAAUCUGGAAGACUCUCAAGAUCGUUCAAGGAGGGUGGUGGUCGUUCUUGCCAGAGUACAUCCAGGCGAGUCACCCUCUUCCUUCGUUUGCCAAGGUCUAAUGGACUUUCUGGUCAGUUCCCACCCCAUCGCCCAAGUGUUGAGGAAUUAUGUCGUUUUCAAGAUAGUGCCGAUGCUAAACCCUGACGGCGUUUUUCUUGGCAAUUAUAGAUCCACUCUGAUGGGUGCAGACUUGAAUCGUUCGUGGAACAAAAUCUCCGAUUGGCUGCAUCCUGCUCUGGUAGCGAUCAAACCGAUGUUGAAGAACCUCGAUAAGAGUUCUCGUACACCAUUGGACUGCGUACUCGAUUUGCACGCUCAUACCAAUGCUACGGGACUUUUCGUUUAUGGAAACACCUACGACGACGUGUACAGGUACGAGAGGCACAUCGUGUUACCAAAGUUGUUAGCGCAACACGCCGAAGACUAUGAAAUAGGGAACACAAUGUACAAUCAGGAUCCCCAUAAGGCUGGGACCGCGCGUCGUUAUCUGUGUUCCAUUCUCAAGGAACAUGUAAAUUGCUACAGCAUCGAAGUAUCGAUGUUCGGAUACAAUAGGAAAUCGACGCCUGGAAUAUUCCCGUACACCGAGGAAGGAUAUUAUAGAUUAGGCCGCAAUCUGGCCCGUGUAUUCCUAGAAUAUUACAAACUGAUGGGCAUCAUACCCGCCGGUCUUCCCGAUCAACCAUCCACCAAACGAACGCGACAAUCACGAACAAGGCAUCGAGUUCUUAGAGAACCUAGACCGAAGACAUCCAGGAAACUUGCGCCUAUACAUCUGGCCAGUAUUCACGAGUACUUUCAAGAGGAGACAGAGAUGGCCGCGAGCGGCGGUUACCGAUCGAUGAGCGGCACGCGGAUGAGCCAGCUUGGGACCGGAACUGGAAGUGGAACGGGCGUCGGCGGGUGCAGGAACCGGAGCUACAGGUUCCGGAGCCCCGGGGCACCGCUCGACAGGGUGCAGGCCCUGUCCAGACAUCCCGCCGAGCCGAGGCUCACCAUUAUCGAUUUCAAUCAGCUGACAAGGGGCGGUUUGGAACUGGCUACCAGCAAGAACAGGGCAAAGGUCGCUCGAAAAGCCGCGAAGUUGAACAGAUAGCGAUCUCCAUUUUACCACAAAGCGUCGUCUUAGCAUCGAUAAUCGAUAGGUAAAAUAAUUCUUUAAAAAGAACUUCGAAGCGUCUGAUUCGAUUUAACUAACGUGAACCGCUAGAUUUAGACUCUUCUUUGCACAAAGAAAUUUUUAAAGAAUACUACUUUACAGAAUUAAAAAUUUCUGCCUGAAGCUCUACGAUAACGCGUACUCGCGGUCUUUCAAGAAUUUGUAGGUGAUCGAUCGACGAAAGAAGAAGAGAAUAGCAAUGUAACGUAACCAUGUGUAAUCUGAACCCAAUGUCGAUCGUAUCAGUUUCGUAAAGAAAGCUUCUUUACACGGUGGUGUAGGUUAACGAUUACCUCAAUGUACACAUAAAAUUGAUGGAUCGAGUGGUAUACGAAACUGCCCAAUGCCAAUAACGUCAAUCAGUGAUUCGUGUACGUUGUAUCGAAUCAUAGAGUCGAUUUGUAGAGUUGUUACGUUCUUUUAUUCCCAUACACGCGCCACUUCCUUUACGUACAUAUUUCUUAGUACGCCCGGCCGAUCGGCUUAUUCACUGAAAACUAUUUUUACAAAGACGUUCGCGUUCCUUCGGUUUAACGACAAUAAGUCGAGACUCGUAUUGUAUGACAACAUAGAAUUACAACAAUAAAACAAACAUAUAAAUGCUAAGGAGAAAGGGAAUAAAAAGCAUGCACAAUCCUUUUUACUAUCUGGUACACUAAUUGAAUAAAAACGUAACCCCCGAACGAGACAAAUUCUGUCCAUCGUUUACGCGAUUUCCCGUGUUUAAGACUGAAAAUUUAUCUCGUGGAUUAUAAUAGAGAUUCUUUACAUCGCAAUGAUAACGGUGUAAAUGAGAUCGGAUGAAACGGUAAUCUCGUCCAAGGGUUUCUACACAGCUACCCAUCCGUAUCGGUGAGGGCUUCGUGGAGAAAAUCGCGAAAGGGGAAAGAAGAAUGCGAAAGCUGUUGCUUUCUUAGGUCGCAUAAUAGAAAU